CUCAUCUCCCCAUCACUCUCUCUUCCCCAAUGUCUGCAUCAAGUUCGAACACCCUUAACUCAGGAAGCAAACUAGGACGCAAUGUUCUGUGUGGUUGUGGAGUUAGGGCUCCAUUAAGAACAGCCCUAACUGAACCAAACGUGGGUAGGAGAUUCCUAGGAUGUGUGAACUACAAGAAGGAUGAUGAAGGUUGUAAGUUCUUUGACUGGGUUGACCUGCCCACAUGUGAGAGAGGGAAGGAUUUUGGGAAAUGGAUAGUGAAGAAGAACGAUGAUUUGCAAAAGGAAAAUGUUGAUUUGAGGGCUAAAAUUGCAGAGCUGAAAGAGAGGGAGGAAUGGUUUGUAAUGAAGAUGAAUUGCAUGAACAGAAAUUUGAAGGAGAUGGAGGAUGGUUUUGCACUGAAAAUGGAACAAUACAAGAACAAGAAUGUGGGCUUGAGGAAGAGGUUGAAGGACGAGGUUGAGUAUGGGAAAAAACUGGUGAAUGUGUUGACUGCAAUGGUGGUACUUUUACUUGGCAUAGGGAUUUUUGUUUGUUUGGGGGGUAAAGGAAUGUUGAAGAAGAAGAUGUUAGCAUUACCUUAG